AUGGAUUUGCUUACAAAGCGUAAUAAAGUUAGAAAGCAGCCAUCGACAAGUUCUAAGUUUACAAGUUUUAGGACAAGCAUUAUUCUAAUAGAUGCUUCAUUGUUUGUGAAUAAGAAAGGUGGAAAAAAGGAACUUUUAACUGAAGAAAAAAUACUCGAGGAAGAUGUAAAAUUAAUUGCUAACAAUGAAGUGCGGCCUGAUAUCAUCCAUAACUCACUAUUAAUGCUACUCGAUAGUCCAUUGUGUAAAUCCGGCAGCCUUACAGAUAUUUUAAUUUUAAAUUCUGAUGGUAAAUUGAUCAGAGUAAACCCAAAGUUCCGUGUUCCAAGAUCUUUCAAAAUAUUUAGCAAAAUUUUUUCUGAAUUCUUAUCGUCUCCAAAUGGUGAACUGAGACUUCCUGAUGGAGAAAACACGGUUCUUAUCACUUUGCUUAAUGACUCGAUUGAGGAUUAUUUUUCAAAUAGCGAAAUAGUGAUUGGACUCUCCAGAGAAGCAAAAAAGGUAAGCUUCAGAAAGUUUAUUAAAGAUGAGAUUGCAAGAAAAAUAGGUAAUGGAGCAGAGAGUAUUAGUUUUGUUAUUGGGGCUUCAGCAAUGAAUAAUAGCUGCGGCCAAUUUAUCUCGAAAUUUACACAUUACAUAUCAUUAUCCGACAUUAGUAUACCCUCGUACAUUUGUUGCACAAAAAUUUGUGGUGAAAUGGAAGAAUUACUAGGAAUAUAUUAA